AUGGCCGGAGUGGGGUACGUGGGGAUUCCAAGAAUGAAGCAGAACGAGAUUUUGGAGCCGAGCGGCUUGGGAGUCCCUGGAACCGGUCGAACAGCGUCUCUCAGGCAGGUAGCGGAUCCGACCUAUUUCUUCAUCCUGUUGAAGGAGAAGCAUCGCGACCUGAGACGCGAGAUCGGUAAGUUUCAGGCUCAGAUGGAGGUGCUCGGUCGUGAAGCAGAGCAACUUCCAGCGAUGAGGAGGAGAAAGUCAGAGCUUGAGAAGGAAGUCGAAGAAUUACAAGAGGAGAUUGUCACCAUAAAUUCAGCUGUCACUCACGGAAGGGAAAACCUUCGCCCUGAAGCCCUUGCUACCACUGCAAAGGAGAUGAAAGAGAAGAAUGAGGAAAAGAAGCUGCGCCUGCUGGCCGCAAAAGAUGCAGAGCUCUCAGCUUUCAUUGAGCGGUACAGUGAAGGGAGAGAGAAGCGCGCUGUAGCUGAAGCCGCCGAGGAAGCUGAACUCUCAGAGGCCGAAAAGCUGAGUGAACUGCUGGAGGAGCAGCUGCGAGCUGUCCCCACGCCUGAACAAGCCGAGACCUUUACAAGCGCACUGAAGGAGAGAAAAACUGCUCUGCAGAAGGCUGAACAGGAUCUUCUGGAGGCGAAAAGGCAACUGGAGGAGAAACAGAAAGAACUCCAGAGAGAGGGGAAACUGGGACAAAUAAGCGAAGAUGAACUUCGUGUGCUGAGCAAGCAUCUAGAGGACAUGAGAGAGGAGAUUGAGAGAAAGUUGGACAAGACAGAUGAGCUUCGUCUCCUGAUUGAAGAGGAACGCAAUCAGCUUGCUCAGUCCGAACAGCGUCUUCGGAGUAACCUCGAAGAUGUCCAGGCUGAGGCAGAGGCUGCGACUAAGCAGAAGAAUGCGAUUAUGAAACGCCUUCAGGCGAACACCGUUCAUCAACGUCUCGAACAGCUGGAAGCGGAGCUCGAGUGUCACCGUCGGGAUGUGGAAGCGGUGCGAAAGGCUGUUGAUAUGCAGAAGCAGCUUGACCCGAAUGCUCUAACUGUGGCUUGCAUGAGCGUUGUUGAAAAAAUUCAUGAGAAACUGAGAGCACGGACACUGAAGAGCCACUGGCGACACCACGAACGGACAGCACACAGUGUUGGUGGCACGUUCCCGAAGUUGUCGCGAACCCCCGCACCGGUACGAAAUGGGAACAGAGGGGGUGUAACAGCAGUCGAUGUUGCUUGA